GCUCUCAACUUUUCAAUCUCUCUCAAUUCCAAUCAAUGGCGCCUAAGAAAAUCGGAGCCGGCGGGAGAGAUUCGAGCAUCUUGGCGAAGAUUUCAAACUACGACAUAGUUUCUCAGGGAAGACGCGCCGCUUGCGAUGCUGUCCACGUGUCGAAGAAGCUGUUAAAGAGCACCGGGAAGGCGGCGUGGAUCGCCGGUACGACGAUGCUCAUCCUUGUCGUCCCUUUGAUCUUAGAGUUGGAGAAAGAUCAGCACUUAAGCGAGUUUGAGUUUCAGCAGGCGAGUCUUCUGGGAACCCCACCUGUCGGUGCGAUGCUCUAAAGUAACUGUAGAAACCCUAAUUGGAAUUUGAUAUUAUUAUGCUUGUUUCUGCUACUCGAUUAGUUUCCUUCCUUCUGUAAGAUUAGGUUUACUCAUAAGGUAUUUGCAAUGAAUUCGCAAUUUUCAA